AUGCUGGGGGAGAACAGGAAGAAAAAAGAUGUAAAAUGGGGCAGACCUGGCUCUUUGUCCACUGACUGGAGAAACUCCCUUCAAGAGGAGAAGAAACAUCAGGUUCUCGUCAGGACCAUCUCUGAAAGACCCAUUAGCCAUGCUGGCACCAUCCCCCGAAACCGCCAGAGGAGGUUUGUGUCAUCUGAGCGUUUCGUGGAAGUUCUUCUUGUGGCAGACACAUCAAUGGUUCGGUUUUACGGGGAAGACUUAAAGCUCCAUAUCCUGACACUGAUGUCUGUGGCCUCUCGCAUCUACAAGCACCCC